AUGGUUUCACGCGUGCAGCUCCCACCCGAGAUACAGCUUGCGCAGCGUCUGGCUGGCAACGAGAAAGUGACCCGGGACCGGGCGGUGAAGAAACUCCGGAAAUACAUCGUGGCCAGGACUCAGCAGGCCGCAGGUGGUUUCACACAUGAUGAGCUACUGAAGGUAUGGAAAGGACUGUUCUAUUGCAUGUGGAUGCAGGACAAGCCGCUCCUCCAGGAGGAACUAGGAAGGACCAUUUCCCAGCUUAUCCAUGCCUUUCAGACCACAGAGGCCCAGCACCUGUUCCUUCAGACGUUUUGGCAAACCAUGAAUCGUGAGUGGAUAGGGAUUGACAGGCUGCGCCUGGACAAAUACUACAUGCUCAUGCGGAUGGUGCUGAAUGAGUCCUUGAAGGCCCUGCAGAUGUGUGGUUGGCAGGAAAGGUCAAGCGAGCAGCUGCUGAAGCUACUGACGACUGAGAUCCUACACCCAGACAGCCAGGCCCCCCAUGGGGUGAAGAGCCACUUCACUGAGAUAUUCCUGGAGGAGCUGGCCAAAGUGGGUGCAAAAGAGCUUACCGCAGACCAGAACUUCAAGUUCAUCGAGCCCUUCUGCAGAAUCGCUGCCAGGACCAAAGAUACCCGCGAUUUACAUAACAUAGCUCGUGGGAUCUUUGAUACAAUUGUGGAACAGGCCCCAUUCGCCAUUGAAGAUCUAAUGAAUGAGCUGGACGAACAAGAAGACGGGGAGGAGGAGGAGGAGUUGUCGGAAGACAGUGACUUGGAGGAGGGUGACAUGGAGGAGGAGGAGAGUGAGCCAGAUGUGCUGACUGCAAAACAGGCUGAGGAGCAGCUGAAAGGUGGGGUUCCACACAACAGGUCACCCCUCGAUAAGGAAGAGGCAGAAGACGAGGAGGACAGUGCUGGUGCGGUGCUGCAGUUUGACUAUGAGGCAGUUGCUAACAGACUCUUUGAAAUGGCCAGUGGACAGAAGACCCCUUCUCAGAACAGAAAGCGUCUCUACAAAGUGAUCCGGAAACUGCAGGACCUCUCUGCAGGUAUCUUCCCCGAGGAUGACAUCCCUGAGAAAGUCUAUGCCCAUCGGCAUGAAGGGAGACUACAGAGGCAGAUGAAGAAGCGUUUGCUCAAAUCCCAGUUGAAGAACAAGAAAGGGAAGAGUGGAAAAGAGGAGCUGAGUUCUGCUCCACGGUCCAGUGGAAAUAAGAGGAGGAAGAGGAAGAGCAGGAGGACUGACCUUGAUGUGCAACCUGAGGGAGCCCCACCCCAAGAGCAGGGCAGGAACCGUGGUGUGCGAGGGGCUCGCAGCAGAAGGAGGGGGAAGCCUGGUGCCAGGGCCAAGGUGGCUGUCAGGGCUGAGGCCCUGGAACCAAAGAAGAAAAAGAAACGGAUCCAGGAGAGUCAGGAGUGA